AACUCCUAUGAAGAAUUAUGAGUUGAAACCCAACAUGGGCGAGCUUCAAUAGAAAAUUUGAGUUGAAAUGCUCCACUCACAAAGCUCAAAGCUCCUAAAAAUGAUCAACUUCCUGGUUUUCCAGGUCGUCACUCCUGAGCUUCCUGGUUUCAGGUCGUCACUCCUGAACUUCCUGCUUCCAGGUCGUCAUUCCUCAGCUUCCUGGUUUUCCAGGUCGUCACUCAUCAGUUUCUUGGUUUUCCAGGUCGUCACUCCUGAGCUUCCUGGUUUCAAGUCGUCACUCCUGAGCUUUCUGGUUCCAGGUCGUCACUGCUCAGCUUCUUGGUUCCAGGUUGUCACUCCUGAGCUUCCUGGUCGUCACUGCUCAGCUUCCUGGUUCCAAGUCGUCACUGCUCAUCUUCCUGGUUCUAGGUCGUCUCUCCUGAGCUUCCUGGUUCCAGGUCAUCACUCCUAAGCUUCCUGGUUUCAGGUCGUCCCUGCUGAGCUUCCUGGUUUCAAGUCGUCACUCCUGAGCUUCCUGGUUUCAGGUCGUCACUCUUGAGCUUCCUGCUUCCAGGUCGUCACUCCUGAGCUUCCUGGUUUCAGGUCGUCACUCCUAAGCUUCCUGCUUCCAGGUCGUCAUUCCUCAACUUCUUGGGUUUCCAGGUCGUCACUCAUCAUUUUCCUGCUUCCAGGUCGUCAAUUUGAGCUCUCUGGUUUCAGGUCGUCACUCUCAGCUUACAGGUUGGAAAUCUCAAAUCAAGGUUUCCAAGCCAGAUUCCUCAAGAAUAAAUCAAACCCCUCUAC